AUGAGUUGGUGUAAUCCUGAGCCUCCCACUACACUAGUCAACGACACUGCUAUCAUCAAGAAUAUCUUCACCGCUCUUGAUACACUCCAACCCUCUGGGGUCCCACCUGUCGCUCGAGGGGACGAGGGCAUUCCAAUAGUACCACUGUUACGCGUAGCCCUUAGCCUCUUUGAUAACCUUGAGAAACAUCGUCGCCGCGCUCUAGGUCUGCGCUUACGACGUCGUCACCUGAUCCUCCUUCUGCGCUCGCCCUGCGCCACACUUGAACCCCUUGAGGCUGAGGCAGCGGUCUUAUCGGGAGAAGCGGUUGCGGAAAGCUCUGCCACAAUGACAGAGGCAGGGGAGUGUGUGGAGACAAGUGCUGCUGGAGAAUCAGCGGGUAUUGAGGGAGUGGUAGCAGAUAACAGCACAAUCAGAAAGGGUGUUUUGGCACAGCUACGUGAGCUUCGUGUAGCGGUCAGUGUCUUUUCGCCUUGUGAUCACGAGAAUUUGAGACGCUUGGCGCGAAUGUGUAAUAUGUUGCCGCCAGAUAUUAGAAGGGAUCCGAAGUGGCCCACGGUCAUCUUCUCGCGUGAGAUAUCCCAGGUUUCGCUGGCUCAGCGCCAUUCUGGCAGUGCCACAGCUUCGAGACGAUCCACAGCACCACUUUCACCGCAACAGCAGCAAGUUCUGCAACAAACACCUCCUCAGCCUGCCUCUACCCUAGGAAGCACUGAACCCUCACCCCGUCACACGUUACAGACUCAAAAUCAGAAAUCCCUACAGCAACAGGUGCCGCCGUCAUUGUCCCAACACCAGCAGCCACCACCGGUGCGUCAUGUGGUCGGAGGUCCUGGCGACUGUUCUGCUCCUUCUCCUCACCAGGCGAGGCUGGUGAGAUACUUCUUCAAUAUUGUUUACCUAUUCUAA